AUGGUGGUCAACUUCCCACAACGGAAGCACCUGGGGAUCUUGGAAGAGGAGGGGAUGGAGAAGGAGGAAGAGGAAGACCUGGGUCUUUUAGGCCGCCUCUUGUACGACACUGUGGUCCACCAGACUCUGGGGCCUAUUGUGGAAGUUGGGCAUAUUCCUUCAAAUGUUUAUGCACUUUUUGCAGUACCAAGGGAGGAAGGAGUGCAUCAUAAGCCUAAGGCAGAGAGAAAGGCGAAGGAGGAUGAAGCUAAGAAGAACUACUCAAGAGGCUAUGAAGAGGAGAAUAUAGAUAGGGAAGAUGAGGAGAUUGUAGAUAGGGAAGAGGAGAAUGUGGAUAAUAAAGAGGAGAAUGUAUAUAAGGAAGAGGAGAAUGUAGAUAUGGAAGAGGAGAAGAAUGUGGAUAAUAAAGAGGAGAAUGUAUAUAUAGAAGAGGAGAAUGUAGAUAAGGAAGAGGAGAAUGAAGCAGAGGAGAAUGUAGAUAACAAAGGUGUAGAGAUUCAUCAUGUAGACAGUAAAGUUGUAGAGGAAUUGGAAUCCCGGGGGGAGAGGAGAAUGUAG